AUGCGUGCAGGAUGGCAUCGACGUAUGGCUGAUCCCGACCCGACCCCCGACGACAUUAAUACUAUUGACUGUACUUUAGGGAGAAAGUGGUCAAAACAACAAGUGCUGGACUCGGGGCUAAACUUUGCCCACUAUUUGCUCCGGGAAUGUGAUGUCCGUAAAGAAGAUGUUAUAUGUUUCGCGUCAAACAACUCCGACAUUCACGCCGUGGGUCUCAUCGGCUCUCUCGCCGCCGGACUUAUAUAUUGCUGUCUUGCAGAGCACUCCUCACUCGAUGAAAUCAAGGCUAACAUUGAGAACAUUAAGCCAAAGAUUGUUGUCUGUUUUGAAAAGAACUAUGAUGGUGUACGUAAACUAUGCCAGCAAUUUACAUUUGUUAAAAAACUACUGAUAACAGACCGACCGGCGGACCCCUCCAUCACCACAACGCCAGCACUCGAAGACAUAUUCAGUAAACAACGCGACCAUAGCCUAGACCUACCCGUGCGGACACAACUCAACGAUACGGCCACAUACGGGCUCAGCAGUGGCAGCACCGGUGCUCCCAAGGCUAUCAUCAAAACCAAUGGCAAUCAUUUGGCAACAGUGGAGGCCUUACAGCACAGGGAGAUGCAAUGGAUGGACCAUGAUGAUAUCAUGUUAUCUAGCAACUUUUGUCACGCCUCCGGCCAGCGGUGCCUGUUUUCGGCCAUCAAUGCCGGCGCGCAGUUGGCUAUCGUACGGGUCGAUGAAAAUCUAGAUGAUAUUUACGGCAAUAUUAAUAAAUAUGGCAUAACCACCGGUCUACGCGACGUGACUACAGGUGCGGCACCGAUAGCCGAGGCCACGUUCCGGCGCAUUCAGGACAAGUACGCGUUUGAAAAGUUUAGAAUGUGCUAUGGAAUGACCGAGGUAGGCUGGGUAACACCGGGCUAUCUGAAUAACCCGGAUGAAAAUGCUAAACUGUUUACCGCCGAUGGUUUUCUCAAGAGCGGAGACAUUGGAUAUUAUGAUGAAAAUGGUUUCAUUUAUAUCGUCGGCCGAAUCAAAGACAUCAUUAAUGUUGAAAGGACAAUUGUAACGCCGGCCGAGAUUGAGAACGUAUUGCUAACCCAUAGGGAUGUGAUAAACGCCGCGGUGUUUGGAGUCAGGGAUGAGGACAGGGGUGAAGUUCCCAUGGCUUUCGUAACGCUAGCCCAGGGCUCGACUGUAUCGGCCCAAGAGAUUGUUGAUUACGUGGACUCGCGGGUCAAUUACUAUAAGAAACUGAGAGGUGGUGUACGUAUAUUAGACUCGAUGCCCAUGACAUCGUUGAAAAAGAUUAACCGUGCUGAGUUGAAAAAGCUCAUUGUUAAAUAAAUAAUAUUGUAUUGUAAUUAACGC